GUUCGGUCCGUUUUUUUAUUCGCUCUCUUAUCAGUUGGUGAGUUCAAAAUGAAGCAGAUCGCUGGACUAGCUCUCCUCUUGGCCGUUCAGGUCCUAACAGCGCACGUGGCACUCGCUGAAUCGAAUUCCGGCACUAACCUGCCAUCGACACGCGACCUAAACGAUGACAUUAGCGCUGCUGGAGUGGCUUUAAAAAAUUUCGACUUGGAAGUGGAUCGGUACACUGGAGUUUUGAAAGUUUUCCAGGAUGAAAUAGAUAUCUCAAUCAGAAACACCUACGGUGAAAUCGAACGAAACUUGCAACUUAUUCCUGAGCUUUCUGGCGAGAUAGUGGCCGUUUUGACUGCAGUGAUGGCAAACGGCGUGAAAGACGCAUCCAGCUUAAUAGCUUCCAGCGGCGUUUCGGUCUUGGCUGGAGUUGGAUCCCAAAUUAUUGCAACGAACUCCGUGCUUCAGUCCAACCUGGUUUCUCUGGACGAGUCGACACUCCUGCUCAACUCAACCUUCCAGGACUCAAAGGGUCAGCUUCUUGUGAUGGGCAUGACGGUGCCAAGUAUUUUCAUCGACGUUGACUCACAAAUUAGAAGUGCAAUUGACGGAUUGAGUGGAACACCGGUAGUUGACAUCUUGGUUGGACUUCAGACCGUCAUCAACAUUCUAUACGAUCAAAAUUUCGGUAUCGAAAACUCCAACAUCGUCUAUGAGUUCCGGGGAGAUCUUGCUCUGCAGGCAUUGCAAGCUGUGAUUGACCAAGUGCCACUAUAAUAAAAUUGCAGUGGGUGAACCAAAA